AUGACAUCUUCUGCUCUCCGCGUGCUUGUCCUACAUGGAUAUGGCCAAAACAGCGAGAUGAUGCGUCUGAAGAUGAAGACGCUCCAGAGAUUCCUCGAGGUUGAACUUAAGGACCACUUCCCAUCAGGGGUUGACAUGGACUUUGCCGAUGGACCUGUCGAUCUUUUGGAAGAUCUGGAGGAGACGUCGCCCGUCCGUCUCAAUGCUUGGUGGAAAGCCCUCGACGAUCGCAGUCGUUACGUUGAAUUGGAAGAAAGUCUGGCAAGCAUCUUCGCACGGCUACGUGAACGACCUGUAGACGCAAUCAUCGGGUUUUCGCAAGGCGCAGCGCUCGCAGUCAUGGUUGCUGCAAUCCUCGAAAAUACAGCGGCACGAUGCGCUGCUAUGGCUAAGCAGGGCAGCCCUUUCGUUUUGCCGUCUAUACCACAACAACCGCUUAGAUUCGUCAUUGCAUACUCUGGCUUCAAGGGCUCUCCGGCAUUCUACAGCGGCUUUUACAAACCCAAGCUCAGCACACCAGUCCUGCACAUUCUGGCAAAAUUAGACCAUAUGAUAACGCCAGAAGACUCAACAAAAUUGAUCAGAAGCUGUAGUAAUUUUGAAGUCGCCAAACACCUUGGGGGACAUUGGAUACCCAGGGAUCCGGGCAUGAUCUUGCUUGUCUCGAGAUUCAUUCGGCGUGUGUGCAUGGACACAAUCCGGACUGUUUCCUUNUGCAACCCAGUCUAA